CAUUAUUUUUUAUAUAAAUAGCAGCGUAGAACACAGUCAAACAUAACAACAAACUUCAACUAUUAAAUAACUUACCAAGUUAACCUACUAUUAAAUAACCUAUCAACAUGUUUAUGAAAUUGGCACUAUUGACUAUGGUAGUUUGCGCCGUUCAGGGCAACACCGUUAACCGAUUGCUGGCCAGCAUUGGCACCGAUGCUAACGAUGCCAACACAUGUUUGGCCACUCUGUUCACCGGUCACUGUCAACGGGAAAUCAAGCCCAGCCAACAGGAGGCCUACUAUUGCUGCGUGUUGUGGGAUGAGCUAGAUUGUUUUAAAGCCCAUUAUAAGGCCGACUGUACUGCAGCCGAUGCGGCAGAUCUCGAGAAAGUCUGGGAUAACAUUCAGCUGACAAUCGCCGGUCAGGUUUACAGCGAGCCCUCGUGUACUGCCGAUCACUAUGGCGUCGAUGUGAGCAGGGACGUUUGCAAAGUUACUGGUUAAAUGUAAUAUUGUUACAUAAACAAUUAUAUUUGAUUUAUCGAGAAUAA